AUCUCAGCUGUUGUGCCCCUAUAUAACCUCUGACACAGACCCUCUCUUUGUCAUAGUUAUCGUGGGCGGUCUGGCAGCAGCAGGUGUUUGCAUGUCAGCGUGAUACCGAGUUGAAGAUAUUUGAAGUUUCUUUGCUGUGUAGUAGAUUUGUAGUUAGUUUUGUAAAUUUUAUUAGAUAAGCAUUUAAACAUUCUGUCCAGUUGUGUGCUGACCGGAAAAACAAAACAUUCAGACUCAGCAGACCAACUGCAGAGUUUUGAUCUGAAAUCUUAUGGGAUUGGUAACCUGCAGCCAGGUGAGCAUGACGAACAAAUCAGCUCUCCUGAAACUGGCUUUGCUGCUAGUGCUUCUGCUGGGGUAUGGCACAGAUGUAAAGAUGGAAAUCAUUACCGCAAAGCAAGAUAUGCAGGUGGGAGAAGAGAUCUUACUGUUGUGUAAAUUGGGAAAAGAGGGAGAUAUAACAUGGCAGAAGGAUGGGGAGGACAUUGAUGAUGAAGAAAUCGUGGUACGGUUGGAUGAAACCUCCUCUAAAUUGGUCAUUAAGAAGGCUACGAUGCAGGAUGCAGGCAGAUAUACCUGUCUGUGUGUCUAUGACAACACACAAGAAGAAAAAUUUGAAAUAGCGAUGUAUGUUCAUGAGGACCCAUCAUUUGAAAGCAGAAAAACCUACUAUGAGUUUCUGGAGGGCGCAAACGGGAUGGUGCCAUGCCUGGUGACUGGCAAGCCAGCAGUUGAUGUUCACUGGCUUAGAGACAAGAAAGAAAUUCCCUCUACUGAGGGAGAACGUGUGCGUCAGCUGACUGACAACACACUCCAUAUUGAAAAAGUGAAGAGAGAGGAUGCUGGGACAUAUGUGUGUCAGGCCCAGAUCAGAGGAAGGCCCAUCUAUCGGCAGCUCUCCGUCUCUGUUGUUGUCAAUGCUCCUCCUAAAGUGCAUGUGAGAGAAGAGGUGAAAAAAGUGAUUGCUGGACCAGAAACCAACGUUUCCUUGCUUUGUUUGGUGGACGGUCUACCAAAACCCAAUAUCACCUGGUCCAUGCCGGUGACAUUUGACCCCUCACGUCAUCUGUUCAACGCGGACCGCAGCCAUUUGACUAUACGGUCUGUUGCCAGAGCUGACGGUGGGGUGUACAUUUGCAAAGGCACCAACAAGAUAGAUGAGGACAGUGCUACCCUCACGCUUCAUGUCUUUGAGGCCCCAGAGGUGUUUGUGUCAGCAGAGCAGUUGAGUGUGUCUUCGGGUGAGCGUGUGUCUGUGUCCUGUAACGUCUCUGGCAAUCCUCAGCCUGAGCUGUACUGGCUCAACAAGGACAGUGGACACACACUGGACUCUGCUCCUGGUCGCGUCCACGUGGUGGAUGGUGUGUUGGUGAUAGAUUCGAUAGCGCCCUCUGAUGGUGGUGUGUAUUCUUGCAUGGCUGUCAGCACCUCUGGAAAUGCAUCGAGAGAUGUCGCAAUACACACCCAGCCCGGUCGACCUCGCUACCUGUCAGUCUCACCUGGACCGACCUCAGUCCGCUUCUCCCUUAAAACCCCACCCAUCAGUGGAGGAACGCCAAUCACAAGUUUUGUCCUGCAGUGGAGGCAGAGUGCAGCAGAACAGUGGAAGGAGGUCACAGUACCAGCUUCAGAUCCUCUAGCUAUCACUGCCCUCAAGUCGUACACUGUGUACACGGUGCAUUUGGCUGCCUUGAACGCAGUAGGAUUGGGACAGUUCUCCGACACAAUCAGUGUUUGCACCCAGGGAAUACGUGAACCAGACAGUCCAGCGUUGUCGUCUGAUGAAAUGAAAGUUGAGGGCAACUCCUUUUCCAUCCCUCUUAAACAGACUGAUGACGGUGGAUCGCCUCUGCUGCACUUUAAAAUACGAUACCGAGAGGAUACGAAAGGGGCUGACUGGAAAGAGAUGCAGCUGUCAUCCGAUGCUGACUCUGUCUCCCUUAAAGACCUGUCUUUCGGGUCAGACUAUCUACUGGAAGUCACAGCAGUCAAUGUUAACGGUUCCUCUAUCCCUGCCACGUUCAACUUCACCAUUGCAGAGCAGCCUCAGAGCAGCCGCAGCAUGACCAAGGGCAGUGUGAUUGGCAUCGUCAUGGUGAUCUUCCUGGUGGUGUUCCUGGUGGUAGAUGUCACCUGCUGCUACAGAAAUCGCUGUGGCCUUCUCAUGUCCAUUGCUGUGAAACUCUUUGGCCAGAAAGUUCCAGGCCUCAAAAUGCUCGAAGAAGGAGCGGGAACCACUAAUGGAGAAAUGAAGCUGAAUGGUAUGUCCACUCCAAGAGGCAGUAUGCAACCGGCAGGGGUUCAGACACUCACCAAGGAGUUUACAGAGGUCACCUGCGACAAAGCCCCCCUCACCAAACACGAGAAAACACAACCAGAUAGAGACCUGCCCACUGCCAAUGCAUGAGGCCAGAAAUUGGUGAAACAAGAAUCAUGAGAGUAAAAAAUGUGGAAAUCUACUAUAUAGACAACAACGGAAGCCAUCAAACAAUCACCCAGUCAUAACCACUGACUCAGAACACUCAGCCAUCUCUACAUCUGAUACAGCUAGGGUUUCAGGAGGUAGAGCGGGUCGUCCACUAACCAGAAGGUCGGUGCUUCCAUGGCCAGCUCCUCCACUCCGCAUGGUGAAGUCUCCUUGAGCAAAAAACCGAAAUGUAUGAAUGUGUGUGCGACUCUUGAAUGUGGCAUGUAGUGUAAAGCGCUCUGAUUGGUCAAUAAGACUAUACUGACACACUGUAGGAAACGGACUGGUUUCUUCAAAGUGUGUUAAAACUGGUCUUUCUCAAACCUUUUGUGCUUGGGGAGUGAGACACCAGUAGGUCUGUGUUCGGCCUCUCCUGACAGCACUGUCCUCUCCUCGGGCUGAAAUCCUCCCAGCUGACAUGGACCACAGGCAGCAGGUGGUGCCAUUUUGAAGUUUUGUCUGCUCUGAUUUAGAUUAAAGCUAAUUAAAGUUCAAGCUAAACUUGAGAGACAAAAUCUCCUUUACAGGGUAAUCUUGAUGUCUGUAUUUUACAGGAUAAAAGUUGUUGUUACUAUUUAAUUUUAAACUUGCUAAAUAUUUUAAAAGAUACACUACAUGUAUAAUUACGGGAUUUUGAAUGUUUUUACACAGACACAAGGUCCUAUUUUACUUUUAUUCUUUCUUUAACCAUACAAUCAUUGUCCAGUGUGAAGCAGUUUUUUUUUUAGAAUGCAAAAUGUGUUUGUGUUAGUGAUGUUAUUUGAAAUCUCUUUACUGGUAUUAACAUUUUAUAAAUACUGCAUUAGGCUCCUCUUCUGAUAGUUAUGUAAGGCUAAACAUUUAUUUUUUUUAGACUGAAUAACACUGUAUCCUGAUAUUGACCAGUAUUAUGGACCACUGGAAGUGCGCUUCAGCUGAAACUAAACUUAACUAACCUUAAUGUAAUUAUUAUGCACUGAUAUUUGUUAUUUUUAAGGCAUACAUGAGAGAUAUUCAUGAUGAGAGGCUUUGAAUUUGAAGCCAUAUUUGUAGUCAGCUUUGCUGUUGAGUACUUUUUUGUGAAAUAAUUUUUUUCAUGGUCAGCAACUAGCACUGGCCACUUAGGGGACCUGUAAUUAAAAGCAACUUUUAUUAUGAGAACCUUCUUUUAAAGUACCUGUAAUAAUAAGCAAAUAUAUACCAAACAAAUUGGAUUGAUAUUAAAGUCAUUUUAUAUGUAUAUAUUUUAUGUGUCAUAUUAUUAUUCACAGUAAUCAAAUAUGUUGCAGCUUUUUUGUUUAGGAGAUUCUUUGACAUAAAAGGUAUGCAUAUUUGCAAAUUACCCGACUAUAUCAAUGAAGUGUUUUGACAUUCUUGUAAUAUUGUAUUGAACACUGUAUAUGGUUGUACAUACACUUGCUCUUACAUCUUUGUGUUUCAUAAAACAUGGACUGUAA